AUGUCGACAGCGUGCGCCAAGUGUUUACAGUUAGUGUUAAUAGCUCAAUUGCUUUUCAUUGUCAUCACCGGGGAAAAAGUUUUACUGCACGAUGGCCUGGAGUACGGAAAGCUGCUGGAAACCGGCUCGUGUGUUUCGAAGUGUUUAAAGGAAACUAACGGAUCAUUGCAGCUGUGCUACGAUACUUGCUCCCAAGAUCUGCAAGAUGGAGAAAGUAUCAUCGAACAGGACACGGUUUCGAAAUUUCAAGUUAAACUAAUUUGCCGUGAUAGCACCAGCCUUGUCAUUAAAAUUCAUAAAGUUCCAAUCUCUGCCGAUCUAAACAGUGACGUUCAAGCAAGAAUCCAAAGGAAUGUUGCAGUUAUUAGCAAUGGUAACGAGAGCAAAAAAGCUUUGGCAUUCCCUAUUUAUUUGCUCAAUAUUGAAUCAAGUGAUCAUCAUCAACAUAAAUCGGUGGUUUAUAUGGCAAGCGAAUCUAUGGUUACAAUUGAUAGUUUAUCCCCAAACUGCAGUUACAAUAUCAGCCUAACAGUUAUUAGUGAAAACCGUUUCAGUUCCGCAAGUGUUCGGCAUCAGAUAACUACAUUACCGUUGCAAUACAAACCGCAACCAAUAAGCAGUGUUGACGUGAUUCGAUAUCGUUCUAACAGUCAAGACAGUUCAUUAGUAGAUGCGAUAAUUUCAUGGAAACCGGCUUCCGAAAUGACGUGCCAUUACGAGAUCCUACACUAUUCGACCCAUUUGGUGGAUGCCGACUUGACAUCGAAGAUUGUUGAAGGUCCCGAGGAGUUGUACCAUUAUGUCGUCGAUGCGCUGGAAUUGAACUCCGAGUACGAAAUAGCCGUUCGAGCGCAGAAUACCCGUUUUUCAAAUUUGGAGAGUGAACUAAUAUGGCACACGUUUUAUACACCCAGUUGUGCCGAAUGGCAUAAUAAUAGCCAGUUCUGUGCUCCGGAAAUGGUUGAAAAUAUUCAAGUUGACUGCACUCACUUGUUCGAAAAUACCUUUACUUUUGACAUUACUUGGAACAAACCACGAUUCAUUCCUGAGUUUUACUCAAUAAAGCUGCUCGAUUUGGAUCCGGAAGUUGUGGAUGAACUACACAUUAAUUUCGCUUCAAGCAACGUUAGUGGCAACGAAACCGGUUAUUCGAUCGAAUCAUUUAGUGUGCUAGGAGCUCAGUACGGAGUUGUAGUCACAGCACAUGCUAACAAUCGAACGGCUGAGCGAAGUGUUAUAAAACCUCUUUAUACAAGCCGAGUGCAUUCAGUUCAACAGGACUGGGAAAGAGCCGCUGUUAUUAUUUUGGCUCUGGUGGUGAUCGGUGUGUUUGUGGUUUUUGUUUACUACGCCCUGCAAAGCAAAGUCAAACAAUUUGAAAAGGGUGUCGAAUUUCACAAGAAUACGGAUGCUGUCAAAGAACCCGUAGACACGCGAACAGAUGGUCGAGAAAUACUACAGUCCCUUGCACCCAUCCAAGAUGAGAUGGAAGUUGAUUUAGAGCGGAUCCAACUGCUGGACGUUUUGGGUGAGGGUGCUUUUGGACUUGUACGACAGGGCAUUCUUGUUCACCCGACAGGAGAUCAUAUUGACGUUGCUGUUAAGAUGUUGAAAGAGUUUCCAAGUUUGGGAGACAUCAAAGAGUUUCGGCGAGAAAUUGAAGUAAUGAAAUCGGUAGGAAACCAUCCGAAUGUUGUGUCCAUUUUGGGACACUACACGCAAAGUGUCGAGGAUAUGAUGCUGCUGACGGAAUAUUGCAGCGAAGGCAAUCUGUUGGAUUAUCUACGCUGUGAAUGGAAUAAACUGUUGAAACUCAAGUCGUCUGGCGUAAAGUGCACAACGCCCGCGUUGCAGAAUAACAAAAAACCAGAGAGCGUCUUCAAUUUUGAUGUCUCGUUUGUUAAUGAGAAAAAGAUUUUUUCGCAAAAGUUUAUUUCUGUAGAUCAGUCCGGUACGGGCUACGAAAACCAAUUGGGGACGUUUUAUGAAAAUCAGCUGCAAAGCGUGGUAGAAAAUCAAUGCUACUACAGUGACGGCAUUCCGGACCAGAAACAAGAAAAACCCGAGAUUUCCUGCGAUCAGCUAAUCGAUUUUGCUAGACAAAUCGCGGUGGGGAUGGAAUUCUUGGCUCUCAAUAAGGUAGUUCACCGUGAUUUGGCUGCUCGAAAUGUGUUAGUAUGCAAGAAUAACGUUGUAAAAAUAUCGGACUUUGGUUUAAGCAGAGACAUUUAUCAGGAAAAUGUGUACAAGAAAACUGGAGAUGGAAAAUUACCAGUAAAAUGGCUUGCCUUGGAGUCAUUGACCCAUCAAGUUUACACUUCACAGAGCGACGUGUGGUCAUUUGGUAUUUUGCUAUACGAAAUUUGCACCCUCGGUGGCAACCCGUAUCCAUCGAUAGCAACAAAUCGAUUGAUCUUGGAACUGAAAACCGGUUACCGUAUGGAAAAACCGUCUAGCUGCAGUCCACAUCUGUAUGAUCUUAUGUUGGCAUGCUGGAGUGGCUUACCGAAUGAUAGACCCUCGUUCUCGGCCAUCCUAGGUCACCUGGAUAAACUAGCAGAGCAUUGCAAAGACAGUGAAGAGUCACUUAUAAACUUAGAAGCAAUUAUCGAUCCGGCAACAAUUCAGAAUGCUUUAUUUUUUUAG